AUGGCUACCAGGCGCGAAGAUGAAGCCCGCCAAGCAGCGGAGGCCCGCCGAGCAGCGGAGGCCCGCCAAGCAGCGGAGGCCCGCCAAGCAGCGGAGGCCCGCCGAGCAGCGGAGGCCCGCCAAGCAGCGGAGGCCCGCCGAGCAGCGGAGGCCCGCCAAGCAGCGGAGGCCCGCCAAGCAGCGGAGGCCCGCCGAGCAGCGGAGGCCCGCCAAGCAGCGGAGGCCCGCCAAGCAGCGGAGGCCCGCCGAGCAGCGGAGGCCCGCCAAGCAGCGGAGGCCCGCCAAGCAGCGGAGGCCCGCCGAGCAGCGGAGGCCCGCCAAGCAGCGGAGGCCCGCCGAGCAGCGGAGGCCCGCCAAGCAGCGGAGGCCCGCCGAGCAGCGGAGGCCCGCCAAGCAGCGGAGGCCCGCCAAGCAGCGUAG